CUACCUGCCAAUUGUCCAAAGCUCACUUCAAAUCGUGUCUCACAUGCUGCGCGCCGUCGUUCGUUCCUCGGCCCUGGUCACUGGCCUCCGCUUCUCCACUGCUGCCACCCCAUCGACUACGAAAGAGUUUCUCGUUGAGCGAUUGACUGGAGACUUGGAGGGUGUGGCCCUCUUGACGAUGUCGCGUCCUGCUGCUCGCAAUGCGUUGGGAAAGCAAAUGAUGCGUGAAAUGCGCGAAGCCAUGGACUCGGUCCGGUUCGACACGAAGGUGCGCGUGGUCGUGCUCCAAAGUACCGUCGACCGAGUCUUUUGCGCCGGCGCCGACCUGAAGGAGCGCAUCAAGAUGACGCCUGAGGAGGCCGCCGCCACUGUGUUUGGCCUUCGUUCCGCCUUCACCGAAUUGGAACAGCUUCCCAUGCCAACUAUUGCUGCUAUUGAAGGUGCCGCCCUUGGAGGUGGUCUUGAAAUGGCUCUUGCAUGCGACUUUCGCAUUGCUGGCUCCAAGGCGCUGUUGGGGACACCGGAAACGGGCUUGGCCAUCUUACCUGGUGCUGGGGGUACUCAACGCCUCCCUCGCCUUGUCGGACUCUCCAAGGCAAAGGAACUCAUCUUUACAGCCCGAAAGAUUGACAGCGUGACUGCUGAGCGCAUUGGUCUCGUGGAUUACGCCGUCGAGGCGAAUACUGCCCUGGACAAAGCGUUCGAAUUGGCGAAAGAAAUCCUGCCCAAUGGCCCGAUUGGUGUCCGAUGUGCCAAGGAAGCGAUCACGAAGGGCAUGGAAGUGGACCUCGCAAGCGGUAUGGCUAUUGAACGUGCGUGCUAUGCGCAAGUGAUCCCGACAAAAGACCGCCUUGAAGGUCUCAAAGCGUUCCAGGAAAAGCGAAAACCCGUCUACAAGGGAGAAUAAUUAGAUGCUGCCGCUUUUAUUCGUAUCGGUGGCUUUAGUUUUGAUCAAAUGAACCUUCGACAGAUCGAACGGAACA